AUGUUUGCUCGUGUUAGCCGAACGGCAGGCCCGCUGAGACAGGGUAUCAGAAAAUACUCGACUGAGGCACCCAAGUCAUCGUCUCAGGCUCCGCUGUUUGCUGGACUUGCUGUUGCUGCUGGCGCCGGAUACUACUACUGGCAAUUGCAGCAGACGCCGGCCGUGAUCAAGAAGGACCGCAAGCCCGCGUUCACCGGUGGUGAUCAGGGAUGGAUCGAUCUGAAGCUUUCAGCCGUUGAGGACGUCAGCCAUAACGUCAAGAAGCUUCGGUUCGACCUGCCCGACGGCGAGAAUGUCUCUGGCCUUCACGUUGCUUCUGCCCUGUUGACCAAGUUCAAGGGAGAAGGAGAUGCUAAGGCGACCAUUCGGCCGUACACGCCCGUCAGCGACGAGGACGAGCCCGGCCACCUGGACCUGCUGGUGAAGAAGUACCCCAACGGGCCAAUGUCGACGCACAUCCACGAUCUGUCUGUGGGCCAGCCGCUCUCCUUCAAGGGCCCGAUCCCCAAGUACGAGUGGGAGGCCAACAAGCACAGCCACGUCUGCAUGGUAGCUGGCGGCACAGGCAUCACGCCCAUGUACCAGCUCAUCCGCAAGAUCUUCAACGACCCCGCGGACAAGACUCAGGUGACGCUGAUUUACGGCAACGUGGGCGAGGAAGACAUCUUACUGCGCCGGGAGCUGGACCACCUCGAGAACAUGCACCCUCGCCAGUUCAAGGUGCUGUACCUGCUCGACAAGCCUGGUGAGGGCUGGACGGGCGGCAAGGGCUAUGUGACCAAGGAGCUGGUGAAGAUGGCCUUCCCCGAGCCCAAGACGGAGGGGAUCAAGCUGUUUGUGUGCGGACCUCCAGGCAUGUACAAGGCCGUCAGCGGCACCAAGGUGAGCCCCAAGGACCAGGGCGAGCUUACCGGUAUCCUGAAGGAGCUGGGCUACAACAAGGAGCAAGUGUAUAAGUUCUAG